UGAAAGGAUGAGUAUGAUGGUUAUUUUAUUGAACUGCGUUACUCUUGGUAUGUACCAACCUUGUGCUGAUGAACUGUGUGAAACCAAUCGAUGCAAAACGUUGCAGGUGUUUGACGAUUUCAUCUUUGCUUUUUUUGCCAUCGAGAUGAUCAUCAAAAUGAUUGCCAUGGGAAUACUUGGCAAAGGAGCUUACUUGGCCGAAACCUGGAACAGGUUGGAUCUUUUUAUUGUUAUAGCAGGGUCUUUGGAAUAUUGUCUAGAUGUUGGGAAUAUAAAUUUAUCUGCCAUCAGGACAAUCAGGGUUUUACGUCCACUUCGCGCUAUAAAUCGUAUACCAAGUAUGAGGAUCUUAGUGAUGUUGCUAUUAGAUACGUUGCCCAUGUUAGGAAAUGUUCUGCUUCUAUGCUUUUUCGUUUUCUUUAUUUUUGGAAUCAUUGGUGUUCAGUUGUGGGCAGGUUUACUCAGACAAAGAUGCUUCCUUGAGCUUCCUGAAAAUUCCACUUAUCCGAGGGAUAUUUCAUCCUAUUAUGUUGACAAAGUGAAAAUUGUUAACCCAACUUCUUCCUAUUAUCGAAGUCAAAAUCUAGAAAGAGAUUAUAUAUGUAGUUUGGAUAAAGAUAACGGAAUGCACAAGUGCAAAAAUCUCCCUAAAGGCCGCCUAAACGGAGAAAUAUGUACAGCAUCAGCAAUAGCACCUAGCAAUACUUCAAUCAAUUCAAAUUCAUCCUGCAUUAAUUGGAAUCAAUAUUAUACGCAAUGUAGGGCAGGGGAUCGAAAUCCGUUUCAGGGUGCCAUAUCAUUUGACAACAUAGGUCUAGCAUGGGUGGCGAUAUUUUUAGUUAUCAGUUUAGAAGGUUGGACAGAUAUCAUGUAUUAUAUACAAGAUGCUCAUUCUUUUUGGGACUGGACUUAUUUUGUCUUACUCAUUGUGAUUGGAUCUUUUUUCAUGAUAAACUUGUGCCUCGUAGUGAUAGCGACUCAAUUUUCUGAGACAAAAAAGCGCGAGAUGGCCAGAAUGAAACUGGAGCGAGCACGUUAUCAGUCCAAUAGUACCAUAACUAGCACAAGUCCAUCGGAAUCCACUAGUUGCUACACAGAAAUAAUUAAAUAUAUAGCACAUCUUUGGCGUAGGACCAGAAAAAAACUACACAGGUGGUAUAGACGUCGAAAAAAGCAAAAACAGCACCAACCUCCUCGUGCAAUUUCUUUACGUCAGACCAAGAAAAGAAAACCUUGGAAACCCGGUCAAAGUUCAAUGAAAAGUGGGAUUAUUCAACCAAAAAAUUCAUCUGACGGAAGUCAAAAUGCAGAGGAAGCUGAUGUUACAGCACCGUGUGCGAGUCCUGAAACGUCAGACGUAGAUAUAUAUUCUUCACCUCGCAGACCGAAACAUAUUAGGUAUCGAGAUAUUCCGGACGAUGCUUAUGGAACCGAAGGACCGAAACGUGUCUCCAGGCACGUGUCUCUUCAACCGACCAAAAUUUCAUCAUCGUCGGGUCAACCUACCUCUCACCUGACAUGUGCAGAACUUCUGGCACUCGGUAGUGCUCAGGGCGCUGUUUUAGCUGCUAACCUGGCUACCAAUAUCACCAUGCAAAGGUUUUAUUCAAGUCUAAGUCGAGGUCAAAAGCAACAUUCGGCUCCCCAACUUCUGUUUUAUUGUCCAGAUACUGAUGGCGAAGAGACCCCUUCAGAAUACGACUGGACGUCGGAUUCUGAAUCAGAUGAAGAUAGUUCCUGUCAAAAACCGAAGGGAAAAUGCUACAAAUGGUGGAAAGCACAACAAACCACUUUAAAAAAAUUUAUUGACCAUGGUUAUUUUCAUCGAGGGAUGCUGACAGCCAUACUUGUCAAUACAUUAAGCAUGGGGAUAGAAUAUCACGACCAAUGUAAAAAGAAUUAUAAUGAUUCAAGUUCGAUUCUCACCUCAAGCAGUUUAACUUCUUUCCUCGAUAUAGUAGAAUUAUGUCAGAGCAGCGGUAGUGGAUUAUCAGUGCUCAGGACCUUUAGGUUACUGCGAAUACUGAAACUAGUUCGCUUUAUGCCAGCACUUCGACGUCAAUUGGUUGUUAUGCUUCGCACUAUCGAUAAUGUUGCAGUAUUUUUUGCAUUAUUAAUUCUCUUCAUUUUUAUUUUCAGCAUUCUUGGCAUGAAUCUUUUCGGAUGCAGAUUCUGUAAAAAAAUUGGAGAUGGAAGUAUGCAUUGCGAGAGGAAGAAUUUUGAUUCUCUUCUUUGGGCUAUUGUCACUGUUUUUCAGAUCUUGACUCAAGAAGAUUGGAAUGUAGUGUUAUUUAACGGCAUGGAAAAGACUUCACACUGGGCAGCCUUAUACUUUGUCGCUUUGAUGACGUUCGGCAAUUACGUUUUGUUCAAUUUAUUAGUAGCCAUUUUGGUUGAAGGAUUUUCUACCGAGGACGAUAAGAAAGCGGAAGAUACUGAUGAUCCUGAUUCCAAACAGAAUUCAAAUUGCAAAGACGAAGAUACGAAAUCUGUACAGUGGACAGAAAAAGACGAUGAUGAUCCGAAGGAUAAUAUAGAAAAAGAAACAAGGAUGAGAUCGCAGCCAACAGCCAAAGAGGCGGUGCAUUUUCCUCCCAUUAUCACUCAUACUGCAGCAACUCCUCAGGGCUCUCCAAAUGCUACUUUGGAACCUCUUGUCAGGGAGCUGAACAAUAAGUUGUCUCCACUGAUGGCUUUCAAUAUCAGCGCACCUUCAUUAGAAUCAAUCGAUAAGUCUUUGUCUCAAAGUCCGACAUCGUUUGCUAGUCCUCAAGAAUCUCCUUGUUUAUCUCGUACUGCUAGCAAGAGAAGUAAUCGGAGCAUCAAUUUAAAUAUCCCUGAUAAUUUGUCUCCGAGACAGGAGAGUUUAUCUCCAAUGUUUUGUCGUCGAUCUAGUUUGGAGCCUGGUUUUCUUAGUAGAAAGAAUUCUUUGAGUCAGUCGAGCAGUUGCAACAGUCCUUCGAGUCGACAUCGAGGUGGAAGUAUACGAAGUUGGAAAUCGAAAUGGAAAAAGAAGGGUGAUAAAGAAAAUUUAGUAGAUUUAGAUAGCGGUUCGUCUAGUGAUGGUGAAGAAACUGUCUUAAAUAAUAUGACUAGCAAUACCUCUCAUAGUUGCUCCAGUUCCGAUUAUCUUCAGUGUAAUGGUGGACUUACUACGUUAGUAGUGAAUACACCAAACAAUAAGAGACCCAUUCCAACUAAACAAAAUAGCAUAGGAACUCCAAGAAGCCUUAGUCCACAAAAUUCAAUUAAGAGAGAUUCUUCAAGUCCGUGUCACAGAGAUUCGCAGACAGGAUCUAUUAAUGUUUCCGCUAAUUUCGAUCAUUGUAGUCGCCAAAAUUCUUUAACCGCAUCCUCUCUAAAAGAUGAUUUCAAGCUAAAUAACUUGAAUGAGACGAUACAGGUUAAAGUCGAUAAUGGAAUUAAUGCAGAGAAGAUUGAGCUAAAGUUAUCUUGGUAUAUAGAACCACGAGGAUGUUUUAAAGAUAGAAAAGAUUACUCUUUAUUUAUUUUUCCUCGUUCUAAUAGAUUAAGAAAGGUCUGCAUUUUCCUAGCAGACAAUAAAAAAUUCGAUUAUGGUAUUUUAUUAUUUAUCGCAUUGAACUGUAUUAGUUUAGCUAUGGAAAGACCAACGAUUCCUCCUGAUAGUGUAGAGAGAGAAGUUUUAAAUGCUGCUAAUUAUGUUUUUACUUUUGUUUUUGCAGUAGAAAUGUUCAUAAAGGCGCUUAUGACCCUAUUUGUUCUUUCUUCCAAAGAUGGAUGGGUGAAUAUUAUGUAUACCGGCCUUGAUGCUGUCGAUGUAGACAUGCAACCAGUGGAAAAUCAUAGCGUUUGGAGACUUUUUUACUUCAUAUCAUUUCUUCUCCUUGUGGCCUUUUUCGUUCUCAACAUGUUUGUUGGGGUGGUAGUUGAGAACUUUCACAGAUGUCGUGAACAGCAAGAGAAGGAAGAGAAAGCGAGAAGAGCCGCUAAAAGAGCUAAAAAACUCGAAAAGAAACGAAAGAAAUUAAUGGAACCACCCUAUUAUAUCAAUUAUUCCAAACCAAGAUUAUUUACGCAUAGCAUUGUAACCAGCAAAUAUUUUGAUUUAGCUAUCGCAGCUGUUAUUGGAUUAAAUGUAGUCACUAUGGCUAUGGAAUUUUAUAUGAUGCCUAAAGAGCUUGUUUACGCUUUGAAGAUCUUCAACUAUUUUUUUACAGCUGUUUUUAUCCUGGAAGCUGUAAUGAAAGUCCUUGCAUUAGGUGUUGUUAAAUAUCUUAAAGAUAAAUGGAACCAGUUAGAUGUUAUAAUUGUUAUUUUAUCAAUUGUUGGAAUAACGUUAGAAGAGAUGGAAUCUGAUGUCAUGCCGAUUAAUCCAACUAUAAUGCGGGUUAUGAGAGUGUUAAGGAUAGCAAGAGUUUUGAAAUUGUUAAAAAUGGCCAAAGGCAUUAGAGCUUUAUUGGAUACCGUAAUGCAAGCCUUACCCCAAGUUGGAAAUCUGGGUCUGCUUUUCUUUCUCCUGUUUUUUAUUUUCGCUGCUCUUGGAGUUGAAUUGUUUGGUCGCUUAGAAUGUACAGAAGAGUUUCCUUGUGAGGGUCUCGGAGAACAUGCCCAUUUCAGAAACUUUGGUAUGGCAUUUCUCACCUUAUUUCGAGUCGCCACCGGCGACAACUGGAACGGAAUAAUGAAAGAUACUCUCCGAGAAUCGUGUGAUUCUUCGAGCGAUUGUGUUCGUAAUUGUUGUGUGUCUGCUUUCAUUGCACCGUUGUACUUCGUCGUGUUCGUGUUAAUGGCACAAUUUGUUUUGGUGAAUGUAGUUGUGGCAGUAUUGAUGAAGCAUUUGGAAGAAUCGCACAAACAUAUGGAAGACGAUUUAGAGAUGGAUGCGGAAAUUGAACAAGAGCUGGCAGCCGAACAAGAACAGAAACUCCGAGAAGUUGCUGCUGCCGAGAGUUUGUUGGAAGUGGUAAUUUUUUACUUGCCUAAUUUUAUUAAUCUUAAUAUAAUAAUUUAUUGCACGUUAUGUUAUGUAACAAAAUUAAUGGAACCACCCUAUUAUAUCAAUUAUUCCAAACCAAGAUUAUUUACGCAUAGCAUUGUAACCAGCAAAUAUUUUGAUUUAGCUAUCGCAGCUGUUAUUGGAUUAAAUGUAGUCACUAUGGCUAUGGAAUUUUAUAUGAUGCCUAAAGAGCUUGUUUACGCUUUGAAGAUCUUCAACUAUUUUUUUACAGCUGUUUUUAUCCUGGAAGCUGUAAUGAAAGUCCUUGCAUUAGGUGUUGUUAAAUAUCUUAAAGAUAAAUGGAACCAGUUAGAUGUUAUAAUUGUUAUUUUAUCAAUUGUUGGAAUAACGUUAGAAGAGAUGGAAUCUGAUGUCAUGCCGAUUAAUCCAACUAUAAUGCGGGUUAUGAGAGUGUUAAGGAUAGCAAGAGUUAGUAUAGAAUUGCCGGUUAUCAAUAUUGGUUUGGAGCAAAACGAAACACAAGAAGAUAAUUCAGUUACGGGAGAUGCCACAUCUAUCUUAAAUAUUAAUUUGAGGCAAGCAUCUCCAGACGAACCCAUUGAUAAAGUAGCCGUGGCCGACUUAUCUCCUAUUCCACUUCGGGUUGUGUCCGUCUACAAUGGAAUUCAGGAAGCAAAAGUUGCACCAUCGCAUUGUGUGACGAAAGAAACGGGUAGUUACUGUUCGCAGGAAGAGGGAAGUUCGAAAUUUCCUUCGACACAAAAUUCUGGAGAUUCGUCAUUCUUCGAAAUCGAAGUCGAUAAAGAAUCGCAAGUGUCAGGUUUCCAACUUGUAGAAUCAAAAAAUAAAGACAAUAAAGAGGACCAAAUUGAUUCUAGGAGAAUCCAGAGUAAUUUAGAAUCCUAUCCUCAAUCGGAUAGUAAAGAAGAACUUAUUCAUUUGUGUACUAGUAACAUUGAUAACAUAUCCGAAAAUGAAGAAUCAUCAGGAUUAUUUUCUCAAAGUAUUAAUCAAGAAUUUAGUUCAGAAAAUAGUGAGAAUCAACAGUCGAUGAUGUUAUGUCAUCAAAAAGUACAAGAUGUAAAACUUUAUAAUCAAAAUGGUGAUCAAAAUGAACCGUCAAGUUUGCAAAAUAGUGAUAAACAGCAAAUUACGUCGGUAUAUUCAUCAUUAGCUAAGAAGGACCAGGAUCUGUCAGCAGAUUGCUAUCGACUGAUCAAAACUGAUGAAGCAUCAAUGUGCUUGCCUCUCAGUCAAGAUUCAUUAACAUUCGAUAAAUCUGAAUACAAUAAAUUAUCAGAUAGUAUUAUUAGUGGUUCUAGUUGCGAUGGCAAAGAAUCAUCGUCCAAUUAUUCUUCCACAGUCCAUUCGUCUCCCGUCUGUCAUUCCACCCUAUCUCUCAUGAUAGACAGUUCUGAAGGCACUUCCAGUCCAGAAAAUGCAGAUGCUCAGGACAACAAUAGCAAUUCCAAUUUAGUAUCAUGAACUAAUAAUAAGACUUCACCAACUGAAGUACAACAUCUCGGGCAUGCUUCCGUAUUCUAUUAUGAAGCCCUUUAAGAAAGUAGACUGCACGACAGGCCCAAACAAUAUUGAAGUACCCAAAGGAUAAUAUGCUUCUUUCUAAACCUGUAUAUCUUAUGUUUUAAAUGUCUUUUAUCACCAAAUGACUAAGUUAUUUCUUCACAUCGUUAAUCUACACCGUCCCGUUUAGAAAGAAUCAUCAUCCUUUACUCUUCAACUGCUGUUAUGCCGUCAGUGCAAUGAAGAAGAAGAUAUAUUUAUUUUGUUUUCUACACCCAGACGACCUGUAGACAACCGUUGCCUUCCUUUCUAUGUAGAAAGGGAGUUCUAAACAUACUUUGUAAACAGAAAAUACGAAGCGAAUUAAAAAUAUACAAAAAUAAC